AUGGGGAACCGUGUACCGCGCGAGGACUACGAAUGGGUGUAUACAGACCAGCCCCAUGCCGACAGGAGGAAGCUGAUAUUGGCCAAAUAUCCAGAGAUCAAGUCACUGAUGGGCCCUGACCCAAGGCUCAAAUGGAUUGUGUGCAUGAUGGUGGCCAUCCAGUUUCUAGCUUUCUAUUUAGUCAAAGACCUGGACUGGAAGUGGGUGUUGUUCUGGACUUAUACAUUUGGAAGCUGUAUCAACCACUCUAUGACGUUGGCAAUUCAUGAAAUAUCUCAUAACACAGCUUUUGGAAACACCAAGGCACUGUGGAAUCGUUACUUUGCAAUGUUUGCCAACCUGCCCAUCGGCCUGCCAUAUUCAGCCUCCUUCAAGCGCUACCACCUUGACCAUCACCGUUACUUGGGUGGAGAUGGGGUGGAUGUGGACAUCCCCACAGAUUUCGAAGGCUGGUUCUUCUGCACACGCUUACGCAAGCUCAUCUGGAUUAUUCUGCAGCCACUUUUUUAUGCCUUCCGGCCACUGUGCAUCAACCCAAAGCCAAUCUCUCAGCUUGAGCUCACCAAUGUGCUGAUCCAAACCAGUUUCAAUGUUCUGCUGUUUUGGCUGUGGGGGGCCAAGCCUGUGGUCUACAUGCUGGCAGGCUCCUUGUUGGGGAUGGGCUUGCACCCUAUCUCUGGUCACUUCAUUGCAGAACACUACAUGUUCCUUAAAGGCCAUGAGACAUACUCCUACUAUGGGUCACUCAACCUACUGACCUUCAAUGUGGGCUACCAUAAUGAGCACCACGACUUCCCAAGUAUCCCUGGAUGCAGGCUGCCCAUGGUGAAGAAGAUUGCUGCAGAGUACUACGAGGAUCUGCCCCAAUAUACAUCAUGGGUCAGAGUUCUGUAUGACUUCAUCAUGGAUGACACGCUAAGUCCAUACUCGCGUGUCAAGAGAAAGCUCAAAGGAGACGUGAAGCAGGAGUGA